AUGACGCGCGGGGGCGCGCGAGACGGCGACGCCGAGGCGGUGGUGGCGUCGUUCACGGGACGAGGGAGCGACGAUGGCGCGGAAGGGAUGACGAUCGAGGACGCCAUGGACGCGGUGGUGCGCGCGAGGGAGAUCGCGGAGCGGCUGUUCGCGAGCGCGCCUACGGAGGGGAGAGACGGCGAGACGGCGACGAGGGAGACGGAAACCGUCGUGGUGGAUUUCGAGAAGAACGGCGAGACGACGACGAAGAAUGCGAAUGAUUUAGUCGAUGGGGACGAUGACGAUGCGAUGGAUUUCAACGCCUUGGUGGAGGGGUUCGUGCGAGAGGAGGAGGAGGCGGACGAAGACGAGGACGAGGACGAGCGGCGAACGGCGACGGCGGCGGGCGGCGCGACGACGACGGCGACCGCGGCGGAGGCGAACGAAGGAGCGCGCGCGAAUCAAGUCGAGGAAGCCGCACCGGGCGCGGGCGAUCACGUCGAAGAACCCGCGCUCGAUCUUACGAUGAUGUUUCCGAGCUCGAAGCGCAAACCCAUGGGUGACUUGGCGGGAUUCGACCAGGUGAUGAAGGUGAAGAAGCCGCGGCAAAAGAGGAAACCCAAGCCCAAAUACGACCCCACGCCGAGUUUGCUGGACGAUGAUUUAGUCGCCAUCGCGCCCGCGGUGAAGGAUGUCGUCGAUGAUUUCAUCGCCGAAGACGACUACGACAACAUCGAGGUGCCACAAGACGUGGGUGAAGUCGAAGAGGAUGACGAAAUCGCAGAGACAGACGUAGAAGAAGACUCGCCCCAAGUCACAGAAGUUCGCGCCGAAUUCUUGUUCCCGAGCAGCGUGCCGAAAAAGAAGACGAUCGAGAAGGAAGAAGAGACUUUUGGCGCCGCGGAAGAAGAAGUGACGCAGACGCAGCGCGCGACCAACGAGGAGACGGAGGCCGUCGCACCGACGGAAGACGUGGCGAUGACGAAUGAAGAAGACAAUGAAGAAGUGACGCAGCCAGAAGUCGAAGUAAAACAUGCUUCUACGGACGAUGAAACUUCAAUCGCGCAUUGGAAUUCCGAGUCAAACUCGCCCGGCGACGCAGUCGACAUGCCGGCGCCGGUGCCAGCGCCGGCGACGUCGACACACGCUGCGCUUCCGGGGAAAGUUCUGGAGAAAAUUGCACCCACUACGAUACCGAACGAUCCAGCCUGCUUGUCUGCUGAGGCGACUUUAGGCAAGCAAACGCUCACUUGUUCGUAUUGCCACACGUACGAAGCCGUGAAAAGUGUCGGGUUUUACGCGCAUGAGCGCGCGUGCAAGAAGCGCCUCGAGAAGGAGAAGAACACACUUACUUGUCCGCACUGUCAAGUCUACGCGAGUGCAAAAGGCGCUGGGUUCGCCGCGCACGAGCGUGUGUGCAAGCGAAAACACGAGCAAGGAACGUUCUCGCCCGUAGUGGUCCAGCCGGUGCAAGUAACUGAGAAGGUCCUGAAGCGGUGCGUGUUUUGCAACGUGUAUGAGUACGAGGGCUUCGGCGGCGCAGGGUAUGCUGCGCACAAACGCGCGUGCCAGAAGAAGCACGAGAUGGAUGUGAAGACGAUCACGUGCUCGUACUGCAGAACUUUCACAGGCGCUCCGGGAGCUGGCUUCGCCGCGCACGAGCGUGCGUGCAAGAAGAAGCGCGAAAGCGCUCAGUUGCCAACGUCGACUUCUUUACCGUCAUCGCCGCCGGCUCCGCGUACGCAACCGCCGCCGAGCUCAACGCCCGCGAAGGAGCCGAUCACGUGCUCGUACUGCAGAACUUUCACAGGCGCGCCGGGAGCUGGCUUCGCCGCGCACGAGCGUGCGUGCAAGAAGAAGCGCGAAAGCGCUCAGUUGCCAACGUCGACUUCUUUACCGUCAUCGCCGCCGGCUCCGCGUACGCAACCGCCGCCGAGCUCAACGCCCGCGAAGGAGCCGAUCACGUGCUCGUACUGCAGAACUUUCACAGGCGCGCCGGGAGCUGGCUUCGCCGCGCACGAGCGUGCGUGCAAGAAGAAGCGCGAAAGCGCUCAGUUGCCAACGUCGACUUCUUUACCGUCAUCGCCGCCGGCUCCGCGUACGCAACCGCCGCCGAGCUCAACGCCCGCGAAGGAGCCGAUCACGUGCUCGUACUGCAGAACUUUCACAGGCGCGCCGGGAGCUGGCUUCGCCGCGCACGAGCGUGCGUGCAAGAAGAAGCGCGAAAGCGCUCAGUUGCCAACGUCGACUUCUUUACCGUCAUCGCCGCCGGCUCCGCGUACGCAACCGCCGCCGAGCUCAACGCCCGCGAAGGAGCCGAUCACGUGCUCGUACUGCGGAACUUUCACAGGCGCGCCGGGAGCUGGCUUCGCCGCGCACGAGCGUGCGUGCAAGAAGAAGCGCGACAUGGAUGCGAAGAUGCUAACGUGCUCGUUCUGCCAGGUUUACAAGUCGAUGAAGGGCGCUGGCUUCGCCGCGCACGAGCGUGCGUGCAAGAAGAAGCGCGAAAGCGCUCAGUUGCCAACGUCGACUUCUUUACCGUCAUCGCCGCCGGCUCCGCGUACGCAACCGCCGCCGAGCUCAACGCCCGCGAAGGAGCCGAUCACGUGCUCGUACUGCGGAACUUUCACAGGCGCUCCGGGAGCUGGCUUCGCCGCGCACGAGCGUGCGUGCAAGAAGAAGCGCGAAAGCGCUCAGUUGCCAACGUCGACUUCUUUACCGUCAUCGCCGCCGGCUCCGCGUACGCAACCGCCGCCGAGCUCAACGCCCGCGAAGGAGCCGAUCACGUGCUCGUACUGCAGAACUUUCACAGGCGCGCCAGGAGCUGGCUUCGCCGCGCACGAGCGUGCGUGCAAGAAGAAGCGCGAAAGCGCUCAGUUGCCAACGUCGACUUCUUUACCGUCAUCGCCGCCGGCUCCGCGUACGCAACCGCCGCCGAGCUCAACGCCCGCGAAGGAGCCGAUCACGUGCUCGUACUGCAGAACUUUCACAGGCGCGCCAGGAGCUGGCUUCGCCGCGCACGAGCGUGCGUGCAAGAAGAAGCGCGAAAGCGCUCAGUUGCCAACGUCGACUUCUUUACCGUCAUCGCCGCCGGCUCCGCGUACGCAACCGCCGCCGAGCUCAACGCCCGCGAAGGAGCCGAUCACGUGCUCGUACUGCAGAACUUUCACAGGCGCUCCGGGAGCUGGCUUCGCCGCGCACGAGCGUGCGUGCAAGAAGAAGCGCGACAUGGAUGCGAAGAUGCUAACGUGCUCGUUCUGCCAGGUUUACAAGUCGAUGAAGGGCGCUGGCUUCGCCGCGCACGAGCGUGCGUGCAAGAAGAAGUGCGAAGGCGCUCAGUUGCCAACGUCGACUCUUUUACCGUCAUCGCCGCCGCCGCCGAAGCCCGAGAUGGUUGAAUCUAACCCUGAUCCGGUGGUUGACUCAAAUGUGCGUGCAGCUUUGUUGCAGAAGCAAAGCGCCCCUGAAAGCGGUCCCGAUCUCGCUUCUGCGGUGUCUCCAGCUGAGUGUUCAAAGAAUACAAUGCCAUCAAAAGCGAAGCUCCCAAAGGUGGCGGCGGAUACGCUUCUCGCGCAACGCGUGUUGCACUUCAUCAAGACGACGCUCAGCGUUCAAGACCUCACCAAGUCGCAACUCAGAACGAUUGUUCGAAAAAGCAUGGUUAAAGUGAUGACUGUGAUCCCGAGGAAGUUUGACCAGAACACGGAACAAGGCACGAGCGCGUUUCUUACAGACUCGCGCAAGCAAAAGAUCAAUGCGCUGCUCGAUCAAUACGUCGCAAGAUUGAAGGCGAAAGCCAACUCAAAAAACUCGACUCCCAUGACGGCGACCCCGACGACCCCGACGACGCCAACUGUAUGAAAACGAUUAAUUUAGCGUGACGCGAUUAGCGCUCACACCUAGAAC